AUGAGUGACGCUGGAAUGCCUUUAGAAACCUCCUCUAAGAGUAGAGGUGCUAAUGUGAGUGGUAGAACCUGGAAGGUUGCCAAGCAACCAAUGAGAGCUAAAAGUAAAGUAGUUAAGAACAAGAGAUUGACCUCUUGGGAACUAAAAGAGCAAAAAAGAUUAGAAGACAAGCAGUUUAAGGAGAGGGUAAAGGCUCUAAAGGAUGAGAAAGCCGAAGAGAAGCAAAAGAGAAACCAAGCAUUGAAGGAGAGAAGAGAGAAGAAGGAAGAAGAGGAAAGAUACGAGAAAAUGGCCGUUAAGAUGCAUGCAAAGAAGGUUGAAAGAAUGAGGAGAAGGGAGAAAAGAAAUAAGAUGUUAAAGGAACGUUAG